CACUUUUGAAAAUAAACUUUUAGGUUAUGUUUCUUUUUAAAAUUUGUUAAAACUACAUAAAAAAUAAAUAAAUUAUUAUAAAAUGAUCUAACAAAUUCAUAAAUCUUGAUAUGAAAUCAUUUUUAUUACUUUCAAAAUCAGAAAUACGUGAAAAAUUAAAAUUUCUACCAAAAGCAAGUGUUUAUUUGUCAAGGCAAUUUUUUGCCACAACAACAAUUAAUAAAAAAAUAAAUAUAAAAAUGAUUAAAUAUUUAAAUCAAACAGAGGCAAUUAAUGUUGAUAAGGAAUUAUUUAACAAUUAUAAAUUUAGUGUCGAUCAAUUAAUGGAAAUUGCUGGUUUAAGUUGUGCAAUUGCUAUCGCUAAAUGUUAUCCAAUUUUGGAGAAUUUGUCAUCAAAAAAUAUUUUAAUUUGUUGUGGACCAGGAAAUAACGGCGGUGAUGGUUUGGUAUGCGCAAGACAUUUAAAAUUGUUUGGUUACAAUCCUGAAGUUUAUUAUCCAAAAAGAACGAAAAAUCAACUUUAUGAAAAUCUUUUGCAUCAAUGUUUGGAGAAUGAAAUUGCAAUUCUCAAUAGUGUGGAAAAUUUCAAGGAAUUAAAUGAAUAUCGUAUUAUUGUCGAUGCAUUAUUUGGAUUUAGUUUUAAGCCACCGGUAAGAGAGGAAUUUAUUCGAAUAAUUGAUAUUUUGAAAAAUUCAACAGUCCCCGUAUGCAGUAUUGAUAUUCCAUCUGGUUGGAAUGUUGAAAAUGGUCCACCGGAUGAUGGUGGUUUAAAUCCUGAAAUGCUUAUUUCAUUAACAGCGCCAAAACUUUGCGCACGUAAUUUUCAGGGAAAAUAUCAUUUUCUUGGUGGUAGAUUUGUACCACGUAAAUUAGAAUUAGAAUACAAUUUAAAUCUACCCAAUUAUCCGGGAACGGAAUUGGUUGUUGAAUUGUAAAUAAAUAAAUUUUCCUAUUUUAAUAUUAAAUAGAAAUAGAGAUAUUUAAGAUUAAUUACCAUUAAAAAAUUCAAAAUAUUAAAAAAAAAAAAAAAAAAAAAAACAUUUUGAAAUUCGAUCAAUAAGAAAAAAUCAUUAGAAAUUUUUAAUAUUAUAGACAAAAUUAAAUUAUACCUAUUGAAUAUGAUUUUUUUAUAUUAAUUUUAUUUUUUUUAAGUGGGUUUUACUGUAUUUAAAAAUAAAAUGCAACAUUAGCGUCAAAGUAAAAUAGCCUUUAUUACAUUGUGAAACGAAGAACAACAAUUCUAAAAUUCUAUUAUUGUGUCGUUUUGUUUCACAUAUUACGUUCGAAAGAAUGUGUUAGUGUCCCGCAGCGAUUUUGGAAAAUAUAAUCGUAUAUAUACAUACAUAUAUAUAUAUACAUAUAUUAUAUGUCUUUUUAAUACAUCAAUUUUCAUAUUGAUUUUUAAUUAUUUUUAUUUGUUUUAAAUCUCAAUUUUUCGUUUUCCUUUUUUUUUUGAAUUCUCGCAAAGAUGUAUCUAUUUUCAUUCGCAUAUAUAUAUAUAUAUAUACAUACAUAAUAUAUUUAUGUAGAUAUAAUCCUACAUUUUAAUCGCAUUAAAUUGUAUAAUACGGCUAAAGAUUGAAUGCCAAUACUGCACUCUUCCUGCAGAGAAAAAAAAGGCACGAACUGGCGGAAAAGUCGGCCUAACUGUAUAAUAUUUCUUUUUUUUAUUUAUUUAUGGAUGGAACUUCGUCACAAUACAAUAUUUUCUUUUUUUUUUUCUUAUUCCACAGUAACAAACACGACACGUUAUAGUCGUAAACGCAUUUUUUUCAAAAAAAAAGACUGCCAAAUAGUGUCUUCUGUGCAACGUUUUUUUUUUUUUUUUUUAUUAUUUUUAAUUUAAUUUUGAAAAUCAUUAUUUCAAAAAAAUAUUAUAAAUAUUGAAAAAAAUGUGAAUUUAGAAAAUUUAAAAAAUUAAAAUUUAAUUAUAAAAUUUAACAUUUAAUUUUAAACAAAAAUUAAUUAUUUUCGUUUAACUUGAUUAAUAUCAAUAUUAACAUAUUUAUAAUUUAAAAAAGAGACAAAAGAAACAAAAUGACACUGCUGACACUAAACAGCGAGCCCCUUUUUUUUUUAGUUCAUUUUUAAUUUUCUUUCGCCCUUGAGUACGUAUUGCAUUACAUUUCAUUCUUAUAUAAAUCAAAUGUAUUUAUGUAUAUAAUAUAUUUAUAUAUAUAUAUAUAUAUAUAUAUAUAUAUAUAUAUUUAUGUAUAUAUAUAUAUAAUAUAUAUAUACCAAUUUAGUAAAUUUAUAUUUUUUAUGUCUACAAGUAUACUAUGCUUUUCUUUAUAAUUACGAAUCUAUUCUCUAAAAGAAACGGUACAUUAUUGUCUGUCGUAUCGAAUAGUAAUAUAUAUAUUUACAUUUUAAUCUGGUACUUAAAUUUAUUUUUUUUUUUUAUAAUAUAUAAUAGUUCAUGGAAAGCUCAAUGGCAUAACCACCAGUAUUACUGCGUGUACUAUUUUUUUUAAACGUGUGAAACACGAUCACUUCGAUUCAAUAAACAAUUUUGAAUCUUUUUUUUUUUACAUUAUAAUAAAAAUUUGUAAUUGCCAAUUCCAAAACUAAUUGAAAAUCAAUAUUCCUCUUUUUAAGUAAUUUAUUUUUUAAAUAUUAAUUUUCAAUGUUUUAAAAAUGUACAUAUAAGAAAAGAUUAUUUUACAAAAGGCAGUUUCAUUUGUUUUCGAUGUCUUUGCGACAAAAAAUUUAAAAAAUUGAAUAAUUUGAUUCAAAGAAAUGAUUCAAGCAAAUAAUAAUCGAAGUGAUCGGAUUUGCCAAGUCUCGUUUAUUUUUAUUUUUAUUUUUUUUUUCUUUAAAUUCUCACUUCGUCGAAUUAUUAUUUGGCAACUAGGCAAGCUCGGUCGUUCACGGAAGGCAUCGUAUGGUGCUUUAAAAUCGUUGCUUCAACAAUUGUAACAAUUUUUUUUUUUUCUUUUAUUUUCAUUAUUAGGAAUUACAGAUACACCAUCAUUUAUUAACAUUUAGUAUCGCGGUGUGGUAAACAACAGUAUAUAGCAGAAACAGCAUCACUAUUGCAUUUCAAAUAUCGAAGGAAUUUUUUUAAUUUAAUUAUUCUUCAGUUUUUAUUUCUCUAUAAUUUCUAUUUAUUAUUAACGAGUUUCAAUAAUUAUUUCUCUAAAUUAUCAUUCUCGUUAAUUAAUUAUUAUCCAUUGUUAUUAGUCAUUAAUUUGUCAUUAAUUUCUGACAGUAAUAAUAAUAAUAAUAAUAAUAAUAAUAAUAAUAAUAAUAAUAAUAAUAAUAAUAAUAAAAAUAAUAAUAUUAAUAGAAAUAAUAAAAAAUAAUAAAAAUAGUAAUAAAAAUGCUAAUAAUAUUAAUAUUAAUAAUAAUAUUAAUAAUAAAAUAAUAAAAAUUACAAUAUAAUAUAAUAAAAUAAUAAUAAUGUAAUAAUAUUAAUAAUAAUCGUUCUAUAUGCAAUAGAAAGUGUGGCUUCCACUUUUAUCAAGUUAGAAUACAUUAAAUGCAUUUAGAGGAAUAUUUUUAUCUUGAGAAAAAUAAUAAUAAAAAAGGACUUGUGGAAAACAGCACACGAGCGAUCAUUUAAGUUCUAUCGUAUUUUUUAUAAUUAUUAUAUUAUAAUUAUAUAAAAAUAUACUUCUUAAGUGUUAACACUAAUAUAAAUGAGUAUUAUUAUUAUUAAGCAAAUUUGCUUGUUCGUAUAUAAUAUAUUAUUAUUAUUAUAAUAAUGUGGACACGAUGCCUGUCGCGGAUAACCGAAGCUUCUACAUGAGGAAGUACAAUUUUUUUUUCUCAGCAUUUUGGGCAAAAAAUGCCUUUAGGCAAUUAAUUAAAUAUUUAUAUUUAUUUAUUCUUAUUAUUAUUAUAUAUAUAUAUAUAAUAAUAAAAUGCAUUCAGAAUCCACGAAAAUUAUUAACCUCUUCACCAUUUUUAAACUGCUUUUUGAGCACUUUAAAGAUUCAUUUUUUUUCUUUAAUUCAAAAAUUGACUAACUUUUUUUUUCUUUUGUUUCCCCGUUAUCGAAUUAAUAAAAAACGCUCCUUUUUUUUUUUUUUUUUUCUUUUGAAAUUAGAAAAAAUUUAAUUUAGAAUAUUUAGAAAUUCAAUUGAUUUUGAAUUUUAAAAUCUUUUAAAUUUAUUAAAAAUUUUUAGAAAUUCUUUUUUGAUUAAAAACUACGAUUUACUUUAAUUAAAUCUCUAUUUAAUUAAAAACAUAAUUCCAAUUAUUUGCAUCAAAUAUUUUAAAUUCUUCAUAAAUUUAAUACUUUGUUAAAUUUGGAAGAUUAAUUAUAUUUUUAUUACUUUUAAUUGCCAUUUUUGUAUACUAUAAUUGUUAAUCAACUAAUAAAUGAGAAUUUAAUUCAUUUAUUAGUUUAUCAAAAACCAAAUUUAAAAAUUCUCUUAAAAAUAAAACAUAAAGUGAAAGAAAAAAAAAUGAGUGUUUUUCAUUUAUUCCAUAAUAAUUGGCAGCAAAUCUAGAUUAUUAUUUAAUUGAGAAUAUUUUUUUUUUUUUUUUUAAAAAAAGCAAAAACAGCUUUACAACUAUCUAGUUUUUUCAUUUAUAUAGAAUUAACUAUAUAUACAUAUAAGAUUAAAGUUAUCGAUUUAAUUUAAAUUUUUUUUGUAAGUUCGAUGUUUUCAUGUUUCGUCGUCAAUUUAAAAAAUGAAGUAUUGAGGUUUCUGUUUUUUUUUUUCGUUGGAUUUUGAAUUCACGCGGUAUUCAUUAUUUGUUUUUAUAUAUAUAUUUUUUAUAUAUAUUUUUUUAAUAACAAUAUCACUUAUCACUUGUGGUAUGUGUAAAAUAAAAAGACGAAUAAAAACCUUUAUAAAAUACAAUUCUCGAGUAUUAUCGCAUCUGUAUAGAGUAUACUUGCUUAUCUAGGCGUUCCGAAUGAAUAAAUCAUCAUAAUACAAAUAUUAUAAUCAAUAAUAUUAUUUUUUUUUUAAUCGUACAGUGUAUUGGAAGCAUUUAAUAUCAUAUUUAGAUCCUUACAGAAAAAAAAAAGAAAAAAAAAAUUGGGC